GCAACUGGCUGGGACACCCAGUCAUGGGACCUGGGGUCCUGAAUCAGGAGGACGAUCGUCAGGGAUGUCCAUGUCGGAUAGUUACCAUUCUGCACAUGCCCAAAUGUCAGCAGUAAGAUAUGGAUUUCAAGCUUCUGGCUUGCCCGGAUCUAUGGCGGCACGUGAUGGGGGGACACUACUACCAGCGGGGUAAUGGCUUCGGACCCUAUCCUUCAUACAUGGACGGAGCUCACUGGCCAGGAGGGAUUGAGAAUGGUGCUAACAACAACUCUUUGGCGAGGAGAUCGGAGCUGGACUGCGUUGGAAAUGAUUAUUCAUUCGGAGAAGGAAGAGAAUGUGUCAACUGCGGAGCAGUCUCAACUCCCUUGUGGAGGAGAGACGGCACGGGACAUUAUUUAUGCAACGCCUGUGGAUUGUAUCAUCGCAUGAAUGGAGUCAACAGGCCUCUCUCGAAACCCCAAAGACGCCUCCCGGCUACUCGACGCUUAGGUUUGUCGUGUUCUAACUGCGGAACAACAACGACCACAUUGUGGAGGCGGAAUAACCAUGGUGAACCAGUCUGUAAUGCCUGUGGGCUUUAUUACAAAUUGCACAAUAUGAAUCGUCCUUUGGCCAUGCGCAAGGCAGGAAUACAGACAAGGAAAAGGAAACCGAAGAGUUCGAACAAGAGUAACAGCAAUCAAGCACCAGACCAAACCAGCAACUCUCCAUCUGUUGCGGAAUGUGGAAAUGGUGAAAGCAAUGGAAGUCAACUGGAUGAGUCUGCCAUCUUACCAUCCACGAGUCACGGGCACAACUCAUCCUCACCACAUCCAGCUAAUUCAUCCCCAGAAACGCCGCCAAUCGAGGGAUGUUCGUCCCCAGGACAAGCAGCUACUCUGUCACCAAAUUGUCUCACCAAAGCUUAUUCACAAACGUAUCCUCAAUCCGACAGGAGGUCCUGCUACAGUGGAUAUAGUAGCUAGUGCUUAAGUUAUCAUAUAAAAGAUGCUAGCACCUAACUGCCGUCAUGAAAUCGACUGUGAAAUGUUUUCAUCAAGGAUUAGGAAAUUUAACUUGUAAUGGCUCAAUUUUCAGGAAUAAAUGAAAAGCUGCUCUGAUUACAUUAGACUUUAAUAUUUAUCAAUGUUAAAGAGAAACUCUUGCCGUUACUUUCAACAUAUUUACCGAAUUAUAAAUAUAUUUCAGCAGCUUUUGUGAUUAUGUAUAUUGAUGGUAUGUAGCCUGAAUUGAUGAAUAUAUGCAAUGCACAACUUAUAAAUGAUACAGUACCACAGUGUUAGUUUUCAUUACACACGGUGUUUCUCCAAUUUCAUCCGUAACGGUAGAAAACGUUCUGGAGGAAUGUAUAAAGAUUAGCCCAUUCUGUUGCGAAACGUUCUUGCAUGUUCUCAUCGAAAACAUGGUUUAACCAGCAUGAUCUGGAUGAUUUUAAGCAGAAACUCACUGAAUACUUAAUCAUUCUUCGUCUUUUGUACAAAUAAUCAUCAAUGUGGAGAAUUUUCCAGCAGAAUCACGUGUUCCUAAGAUGGGUCUGCUUUGUUUUUGUGACAGAAAGACAGUUUCGCGUUACAAGAGUUUUUAGACUUUACUAGACGAAUGAAGAUUGAUGAUUACGUCUGCAUUCAACUUUCUGACGACAAGAAAUAUCCUCAACGAACGCCUCAACUUUAUUUGCAUUAACUACUAGAUAAAUGUUAUAAAUUCAUCUAUGUAAUGACAUUAUGUUCACUUGGCACUGUGAAAGCUUUUCAAAGUCAAGAAUUUUUUUUUAAAUAU